AUGGAGAUGGACUCACCACUUGCUCCUUCUUGGUUUAAUGGUUUCAGAAAAAGAAACCCUGAAGUGAGAAUGACAAGACCACAAAAACUGUCAGUAAUUCGGGCAAAGUGUACAUCGGAAGAAGUUCUUAAUAACUAUUUCAAAGAGCUGGACAAGGUGUUGAAAGCCCACAACCUUCAUGAAAGCCCUGAAUCUAUUUGGAAUAUUGAUGAAACUGGGUUGCAGACUGAGCAUUCCCCAAGGAAGAUCCUCUGCAUGCAUGGAGAAAAGGCAAAUGCAGUUACUUCCAACAGAGGCCAGACAGUUACCUUAAUAGGAUGUGGAAGUGCUGCAGGUGUGCAUGUCCCCCCAUACUAUGUCUUCCCUGGCAAAAGAUGGAACGAAAACCUGAUGGAUGGGGCCACCCCAGGAUCUGCUGGCACAAUGUCCGAUUCUGGAUGGUCAAACUCUUCAGUCUUCCUCAAGUACCUUGAGAAUCACUUCCUUCGCCAUGUCAACACCAGAGAUCGUCCAGUGCUUGCUUUAUUUGAAGUUCAUAAAUCACACGUAAAUUUAACACUUGCAAAUUGGGGAAAGCAGCACAAUGUUGUAUUUUUUGUACUGCCUCCCCACACGUCACAUGUAACACAACCCCUGGAUGUUGGCUGUUUUGGCCCUCUGAAAAAGUUUUACUAUUCGGAAUGCCAAAUUUUCAUGAGGAAGAAUCCUGGGAUGCAGCUAAACCGGUACAAUGUUGCAGCCAUUUCGGGGAAGGCGUACAACAAGGGUGUUGCAGCACAGAAUCUAAUAUCUUCAUUCAAAAGGGCUGGAAUUUAUCCCAUGAAUCGGUCUCAGAUACCCGUAACAGCAACAGCACCAUCAGAAAUUUACCAAGAAAACACACCUCCCAAAUCAGAAAGUUUCUUGGAUAAAAGAAAGAUAACAUCCAUUAGUCAAGCUUCAACAAAAAAAAGAAAAUCUCCUCCUACAAUUCAAGGAAACCUUUUGUCUCCCACAAAACAGGCACUGCUGUCAGAGGCCACACAUUUGGUAACUGAUGCCCAAGCACCAAAAAAAGCAAAGAGGAUUAUCUUUGAACCUGUCCCUAGUACGUCUGGUCUAAACUGUCAGUGUCCACAAUCAUCAUCUGAUUCUGAAGAUUCAGAGGAGGUGCAUGCAGAGGACCUUUGCUGCAUUUGUAAACGGUUCAGCCCUGCCACCAGUGCCUAUCAUCUGGACAUUGUUAACUGGGGCCAAUGUGACAAAUGUAGCCAUUGGACACAUUUAAAGUACUGCACGCCAGUAAGGUGUUUGAGAAGGGAUAGUGAGUUCCUGUGCCCUCAUUGCUCAUAA